UGCUAGUGACACCCACAACGCUUGUUGUUACUCUUCAAUGAGCAUAACAUUGGCACGGCGACCUCUAUUCAGUCUCAUUCCCUUUUUGAAGUAAAUAUCUAGCAAUAUCUAUACCUUAAUCAGACAAAUUCCUGCCGUUAGUGACUGUCGCCGAAACAUACUCAUUCGUUUGUGAUUGCAGUGUAACAAUGAUUUUGAGAUAAAUUGUUAUAGUGUGUAGUUUAGUGUUGAAAGAAAUAACAAAAAAAUAGCAAUAAAGUUGGAAGUGACGAUAAGUGUUGUGGUUUUGUGGCAUGGGGAGAGUGCGCGGCGGCGUGCCAUCUUCAAGGCUGUGGUGACAUGGGCUGCAUAGCGGCCUCCGCGGACCGUGGGCUCUCGGAGUGAUUGGAGUGCCGGGCUCCGUGCCUGCACAACACCUCUAGUAUUAUGAACAAACGUGAGAGCAACAAGGACAAAGAACGUCAGAGCGACGACAAAAGAACAUCCACCGCGACCGGCGCGGUGGGCGGCGGGCGAGGCGUGGGCGGAAGUAGCGCGAUGCACACAUCGAGGCACUCCGUCACGUCGUCCUCCGGCGUCCUCAUGGUCGGGCCCAACUUCAGGGUGGGGAAAAAGAUCGGAUGCGGCAACUUCGGCGAACUCAGGCUCGGGAAAAAUCUCUACAACAACGAGCAUGUAGCCAUCAAAAUGGAGCCGAUGAAGUCGAAGGCUCCGCAACUGCACCUGGAGUACCGAUUCUACAAGUUGCUAGGCACGCACGCGCCGUCGACCGCGGAGGGCAUCCCUGAGGUUUACUACUUCGGGCCGUGCGGUAAAUACAAUGCGUUGGUGAUGGAGCUCCUGGGGCCGUCUCUGGAGGACCUUUUCGAUCUGUGCGGCCGUCGAUUCUCUCUAAAGACUGUGUUAAUGAUCGCUAUGCAGUUGCUCCACCGCAUAGAGUAUGUCCACACGAGACACCUAAUAUACCGGGACGUGAAGCCGGAGAAUUUUUUAAUAGGUAGAACUGCAACUAAAAGGGAAAAAAUCAUCCACAUCAUUGAUUUUGGUUUGGCCAAAGAAUACAUAGACUUAGAGACGAACAAACAUAUCCCAUAUCGGGAGCACAAGUCACUCACUGGGACUGCGAGAUAUAUGUCAAUAAAUACACAUUUAGGGAAAGAACAAUCUAGACGUGACGACCUAGAGGCUCUCGGCCAUAUGUUUAUGUAUUUUUUACGUGGUUCCUUACCCUGGCAGGGUUUAAAAGCUGAUACACUCAAAGAAAGAUACCAAAAAAUUGGUGACACCAAGCGGGCGACACCGAUCGAGGUGUUAUGCGAGGGCCACCCCGAGGAGUUGGCCACGUACCUCCGCUACGUGCGGCGGCUGGACUUUUUCGAGACGCCCGACUACGACCAGCUGCGGCGCAUGUUCCGCGAUCUUUUCGAGCGGCGCGGCUACGUCGACGACGGCGAGUUCGACUGGACCGGCAAGACGAUGUCAACCCCUGUGGGCUCCAUUCAAACGGGACACGAGAUUGUCGUCUCUCCGAACCGUGACAGACAUCAACCCUUCCAUAAGGGCGCUGUGAAGGACUCGGGAACCGGCGGGACGGCCAACACGGGCAACUGGCCGCCCAGCGGGAAGGCCACGCCCCUCACCACCGGCCACCUCACCCCCGCGGAUAGGCACGGAUCCGUUCAGGUGGUGAGUUCCACCAACGGAGAGCUGGGAGCGGACGACCCGACGGCGGGCCACAGCAACACGCCAAUAACCCAGCCACACCACGAGGUCGACGUGGUAGACGACACCAAACAAUCCGUGUAUUCCAGGUGUUGCUGUUUCUUCAAACGCAAAAAGAAGAAGUGCGCCGCGCGAGCGGGCAAGUGACGCGUGCGAGUCACGUGACCUCCGACCGCCCGCCCGCCCCGCGUCCGUGUGUGUUGAUGUACCGACGGUUGCGAUUCGAACAACCUUUUCUAGGCUAGAUUACACUAUAAAAGCUUAUUCCACUAUUUGACGGGGAUUUUCAACGGGGAAUAGUGAACUUUUUGUUCCCCGUUAUAUUAGGAUUUUAUUUUGAACGUAAUGGUGAUUAAUUAACUUUUUAGUUCAUUAUUCCCCAUUAUAAGUUCCAAUUUAACGUUAACGGGGAAUAGUGAACAAAAAGUUCACUUAUCCCCGUUGACGGGGAUUGUCAACGGGGAAUAGUGGAAUAAGCCACUAUAAAGUCCGGUAGCCGAGCACAUACUAUUUCGUCCAAAACCCCAAGCUGCUGCUUAUCGCUCGCGCGUAAAUUGCUAGUAUACACGCCACGGUACCAUAUUAAGGCUGCGUUUCCACCAGAGAUAUGCGAGGAUGCGUAGCGAGGGAUGUGUAUGUAAAGAACCAAUUGAAUCGCUUCAUUUGCCGAGGCGAGGUAAAUAAAGCGAUUCUAUUGGAUCUUUACAAACAUCCUUCGCUACGCAUCCUCGCUCAUCUCAAACGCAGCCUAAUUUGGUAUAAGGAUAAAUACACUAUAACACUUCCGUCAAGUACCAGCGAAUCGAAACUCAAUAGAAAUCAAUUGUUACCGCGGUCUCGUGCGAUCGCUCAGGGUUCGUAACAGCUAUAUUUUAUAAACUCGAGUUCGAGAACUGUAUUAUAGACAUGCCUGGAUAAAAUUAUUUUUGUCCUGUGCCUAAUUAUAUCGAUUUUUCCGCCUCAAAUCGAUGAAAUACUCAGAUAUAAAUCGUGGCGCGUAUCCUAGUUCUACUGAUUUACAUAAGCGGAAUUCAGCUUCGAACGCAGAGCUCUGCAUAAUAUUUUUUUAACCUUUUUCCCUUUUAACCGACUUCAAAAAGAAGGAGGUUCUCAAUUCGGUUCCUUUUUUUUGGGAUUUUGAAAACCAACUAUUUCACAACACAGUGAAACAAAGUUGGAUAAUCAUUCAAUAGAAUGACACUACAAGUGUCCGUUCUCUAUAAGGUAAUAAAUUCAAACUUUAACGCGAGCAAUAGAAAUAAUGACAUCAGAUAAUAAUUUUAUGCAAACAACAUUAUAAUGUGUUAAACUCAAAAUUAGUACCUAUUUAUUUUGUUCUCUCUGUGGCGUGACUUGUGUUGAAAUGAAUUUAUUAAUUAAUUCUUUCUGCUCGUUCCGGUAAAAUACAAUUUCCCUUUUCAUAAUAAAAACUAGUGGAAAACCAUUGUUAUGUAUAAAUAUUUAAAUGGUACAGGGAUUUGUAAUCGUGCUACAUGGCGUGCGAGCUAAAUACGCGACGUUACAACGCUGUUUUUUUAUACAGUCCUAAACGUUCAUUGAUUAUACAUUUUUAUAAGACAACUAUGACAGAAUAUUCCAUAUAAUCACCGAUGUUCAGUUGUUGCUUAUGUAAAAAAAAUCCUCUUCGAAAAGUGUUGAAAUUAUUUAUUUCGAUCUCAAACUAUUCUGCUAUUAAGAGUACAACCAUCUGUUUAUCAUAAUAUGGUUACUAAAUUAGUCGCAUAAUUAUAAAUUUUAGGAAAAGAUUGUUCGAAUCGUCGGCAAGUUGUAUUAGAUAAUUAUUACAUUCUCACGCAACUCUAGUGGCAUGUUAAAAACGAAUUCACGAAAACAAUUUCAAUAUGUAACUUUGUCAGUUAAUCGAUCGACAUUUCGUUUCGUUUGUCAAAGUUUCGUUCCCAUUGUAAAAGUAUGUCAUGUUUAUUUUGGGUUAUGAAUAACAAUUUUAAAAUAGUAGGUAUUCUUUAAUGAUUUCAUUGUAAUCAGUUUUCUGUAAACUAACGCCCUUAUUCAUAACAUUUGAACUAUUUAAUGCUCUACCACUUUUUGUCAAAUGUUGAUUUUACUGUGAUAAAAAAGAGACAACACCGUGCUUCAGUUAAAACAGCGUUAAGUCAGAUUUUUUAUGAAUAAGGGUGUUAGUACUUUAUCCACAAUACUCCUGUAAAAUGCCACUCAAAAAUAAUUUCCCUUUGCAUUCUCUCCAUGAACGGCUAAAUAAUAUUUCACACGGAAUACUGGUUCUGAAAAUCCUUAUCUUCUUUCUGCAUCUAGAACUUCAAAAAUAUUGUAUACGCGGUAAGGAUGAGUAAUUGUGUGAUUUUCAGUCUUGCGAUUCUACACCUUACGUAAAUAAAAUGAAGCAAUAACUUAAAUAAAGCAUGAAAAACACUUGUACGCUAUUAUCGUCUUUAUGCUAAUGAAACACGGUCUAUAAUGGCACGGUUCUUUAUUAUGCAAAGCGAGUCAGGCUUGCCGAUAAUGGACUAGAUUGACGCAACCUGCGAGCUACCACAUUCGAUCCAUUUCGAACUGUUGUUGUUACUAUUGAGUUUGUAAUAGUUAAAUAAUAGUAAUUCUCAACAGGUUGCCUUACUGAACCAUAGUUAUCUUGACAAUCGAAUUCAGAGCCACUAUUCGAAGUGAGCGACGUCAAUUAUUUGUUACACGUUCAUAAAGUUUACCCAGUUUUACGUUAUAACAUACCCCAUGAGAUUUCAAAUGUGACAUGACAGUUUAAAUGUACUUAUUAGUGAAAAAUAAUGCUUAUUAGAGCAGAAAGAAGCUGUAAGUAGGCCGGGUGCGGUCGGCGGGACGUCUGCUUGUUUUCCCGUCCGUAGUUACGUUUCGUCGUCAGGAGAUAGCUGACGUGUGGACGCGAGACCUCUUACCUCAUAGCAUCCCGCUCGCAUCGAAUGUCCAUUCCAGCACAUAGAUUCGAACAAAUCGACAGAUUUGUACAUUAGAACACUACAUUAAUCAUACAGCCGUAGUUUUAAAAACAAAUACUUAGUAGUCGUGUAUUGCUUUAUCCCCCAAUAUAGUGACGCCGUUUAAUAUUAUUUUUGUACGUCUCGUUCAUUUAUUAUUAUCUGUGAAUGCGUUGUAAUUCAAUUUUUUUGUUACAUAAGUAAUGAAUUACCAUAACAUAAUAUGGCGACUUUGUAAUAAGUUUGUGUGUUGUUGAACUUUACUUCGUCCGCGGCCCGUUGGACAUUGCGAGCGGAGGAGUCGGGAUUACUUUGUACUAAACAGGUUGUGAUAUAACACAUUUAGAUCUUCGUAAGCACUGCAGCCUAGUUAUACGCAAAUUAUACGACGACGUGUAUACAGGGAUAUUAUAAGUUGACUUUUAGGGCAGCUCAAGUAAAGUGCUUGAUAUUAUCAACAGUAUAAAAGGCUUUUACAUGUUAGACAAGCUUAGCAAGGCUGCUCAGUGCAGUGGGGCAUUCGAUGAACGUUUCCGUUCGCAGUGUUCAACGAGCCGAUUGUAUGCAUAUUUCUAGGUUUUAACUUUAUUUAGUCAUUCUAAUAAGUUCAAUUUGUGCGACAAAGAAGUAUGAUAAUUAUUAUUUAAUUGGCUCCGUUCCUAUAGUGAUGCCACUUACUUUACUGUCUUUAUUUAUGCCUAUAUAAUUAUAGUUUAAUAAAUGAGAAAACAACAGGCAAUAAGUAAACAAAUUAUGUAAAGCGUUUCUUUCUGGUGCGCGCCUCGUUAAUAUCAGUACGGUCGUGAAAGAUUCGUCGAAAGUUUUAAUUAAAUGUUAUAAUUAACGUGCAAUAAUUUAUGUAGACAUUCAUUACAAAAGUGUAAAAAUUGGUUUCGAUCGGUGUAUCCCAUCGAGUCCCGAGUGAACUGACUUUUACUACAAGACUGAAAGAGACAUUUCACCUUGUACAAACGACCUGGCUUCGGGCUCAUGUCAAUUGAACAUACUGCGCUUUCAUUUCGUGGUAGUCUUAUGAGGGAGAUAUAUCAUUUUGGAUAGAUCGUUGUUGAGAUGGUACGACACGGUACACGGAGCGUAGUCAUUCCGUAGGGAGGGCAGCCAUUGCUGUUAGUGGGACUGCGAAGACUGAACGUCGUAAUCGGUGUCUCCCGCCGCUGCGGACAUGGCAUUCAAACGAACCAUUUGCGAACACCAUUUUAAUUAGUAUAGCCACUUGUCAUGGUCCCCGCAUCGAGCGGACGCUACGUUGAUGGUGUAUAAAUUGUACAGCUUAGAAACACAUUUGUAUAUUUUUGCUUGGACCGGCGGCAUGGAUUCGACAAGCGUGAUUUGUGUAGAGGUAAGAUUUGUAGGUGUCAUGAUGAUCAGCGUGUAGCACUGUUUUUCGCGCUCGACUGAUCACUUUGGCAUAUUUAUAAGGUUCUUUGGAUAGUCACGGAUAUUGUAGUCAUCACAAAAUUGUAUCCAGCAUUAGAAUUUAUUGAUAUUCAUUUCGGCUAAGUAUGUUUGAAGUGUUUUAUAACAUAAAAGAACAUCUUGUUGUGUCGUUUUCAUAUUUUUAGAGAAGUUAGAUAAUGCGAAUAUUGUCAAUAUGUAAAAUGAAGUUUUUAAAAAUCGAUUCCUAAUGAAUGAUGUUUUUUGAUAAGUGAACAAAUCGAAGUAUUCUCCUCGUUAAAUGGAUCGUUAAUACUAUUGUACAAUCAUUGCAGUAUAAUCGAAUGUAAUAAACAUAAGUCUUAAAACAUGAUUAAUACCAUAGUUGUACCUAAUUGUUACUUUCUAUUUGCUAGAUAGAAUAAUCAAAUUAGAUUGGGUAACGAGAAAAAGUCAAAUUGUGUGAUCUAUAACCGCGAACGAGUCAUUGGCCGCGUGUGGGAGAGAGAUAGAGUUGCUGCGUCGCCGCGUGUGGGAGAGAGACGGUUGUUGCGUGCGAGCAACGCAGUUGUAAAUUUGCGCAUCAGACAUCGGCUUGUACAAACAUUGUAAUUCUAUAGAUAAGUUCAAUCACAAUAAAAUUAACUUUCUUGCACUGUUAUAAUUUCAUACUUCAACUAAAAUGACCAUUGCGAUUAUUUAUUUCUUCAUCAAUCGUAGGAAGGUAAGCAGGAGCGGCGCUCGCUCCGGUCUAGUUAAUUUAAAUUAUAAUUUUAAAUUUCGCUUACUAAGUAAGUCAUGUUCAGUCGGAUGGCUUGUGGACGCACGAGGAAGGUUUUGAACUGUAGUUUAUUAACUAUGUAUUAUAAUACAUGAUGAUGCUUUUGGAAACUGAAUUUUAUUGUAAGUAUAAAAAUAAAUAU